CAACUUUAGUUAAAUGGGCCUUAAAAUAGUGAUUUAGCAGCCCGUUAAUCCAACGCGGAAAUUGAGAUCUGUUGCCAUAAAACGGGCCGGGUCAUCGAGAUUUCGGAUCUUUAAGACAAAAUAAUCAGAAACUUCGAAAUCGAGAAGCAAGAAAUUGGAAUCAAUAGAUUUGAGAAAACUUUUGAUUUCGAGAGUGCUUCGGAGCAGAAGAACGAGCAAAGCUAGGGUUUCCAUCUAUCAAAUCCAGCUACAAUCGAACCUAUUCAUCGAAAUUAGGGUUUUUUUUUUGGUCCCUUAAUUUUUCCCUUCUAGUAGCUUCUGAUCCUUCGAUUUCCAUGGCGGAUGGGUACUGGAACCAGCAGCGACAGCAACAUCAUCCUCCUGGUGGUCCUAUGAAACGUCCCCGUUCCGAUUUCGAAGCUCCAUCAUCAACAAUGACUAUAGGGCACGGUGGUGGUUAUUAUCCGCGAGAUGAGGAUCUCGAUGUUCCCGAUACUAGAACUAUCGGUUCAGCUUACGAUCGCUAUCUCCAGAGCGUGCAAUCAGGAGAAGGUGGUUCUGUUUCCAUGGGAAGAUCAGGAGGAGGAGGAGGAGGAGGAGGAGGUAACGUUCAAACCAUAGAUGAUUUUAUGUUGAGACGUGGUGGAGUUCUCCCUUUAGACCAUGGUCCAAAUGGUCACACCAUUGGUUUUGAUCCCCCAGAACCUGUUGGUAGGCGUAACCUACCUUCAGAUGCAUCCAACACUUUAUAUGUUGAAGGACUUCCUUCUAAUUGCUCUAGGAGGGAAGUAGCUCGUAUCCUAUUUUAUGACACAUUACAAGUUUUUUUCUUUUACGGAAACUAUUUCUCUCCACUUUCCUUAACCGAUGUCUAGAUAUAUUUCGACCUUUUGUAGGAUACAGAGAAGUGAGACUUGUGACCAAAGACUCCAAACAUCGGAACGGAGAUCCUAUUGUUCUUUGCUUUGUUGAUUUUACAAACCCUGCCUGUGCUGCGACUGCUCUGAGCGCCUUACAAGGCUAUCGAAUGGACGAAAACGAGUCUGAUUCCAAGUUCCUGCGGCUCCAGUUUUCUAGGAAACCAGGUUCAAGACCAGGACAAAGAGGAAGAAGGUGAUGACUCAGGGACAUUGUGGUACGUCAACCAAAUGGUGACUUGUGGUAUCUCCUUUGAAGGAAAUAUACAUCCUCCCUUUCCAAGUAUAAUCUCAAUGAAAUCGCACAUUACAUCACUUAUGUCCUUGAAGCAACCUGAGUCGAGAGAAACAAAGAUGCGCGGAGAGUGUAGAAUAUGAGGUUAUAGAAACUGAAAAAGACUCUUUUAACAUAUAUAUACUGUUUUUGUUCCCUUCCUAGAUUUCAAGCUCAUAUGUCAUGUUAUCAAGUUGUGUUGUUGAUUUCAAAUGUUCAUUACAAAAUGAUUGGUUUUAGAUAUCGAAACAUUCUUGAUACAUUAUGAAAGAGGAUUUAUCUAUGGCUAGUAGUGUAUAUCUUUCUCAGUUCAUA